UACCGAAGCUAAACUCUAGCUUUAAACCAUCCCCCCCCGCCCCCCCACCGAGACGGGAAGAAGAAAGACUCCACCGGACGAACGAGACAACGAGAUCAACUCGAUCAGAAACUCUGAGACUAAAGGAAGACCUGCUCGACCAGACUUUAAGGAGAAACUAGACCCCCCCCCCCCCCCCUAUUUCUGCGAGGAAGAAAUCAUGUCCGCCGCAACGAAGAAAACGAUUUUGCUGCCUUUCCUGUGCAUCAUGCUCUCAUACACGGUCGCCGGACAGGAGUGCAGCAGCCAGUGUUCCUGCCCCGCGGCGCCGCCCCAGUGCCCCCCGGGGGUGAGCCUGGUGCUGGACGGCUGCGGCUGCUGCCGGGUUUGCGCCAAACAGAUGGGCGAGCUCUGCACCGAGAGGGACCUCUGCGACCCGCACAAGGGCCUCCACUGUGACUUCGGGGCCCCCGUCAACAGACGCAUCGGAGUGUGCACAGUCCGAGACGGAGCCACCUGCGUGUUCGGAGGCAUGGUCUACAAGAGCGGGGAGACCUUCCAGAGCAGCUGCAAGUACCAGUGCACCUGCCUGGACGGCGCCGUGGGCUGCGUGCCGUUCUGCGCCAUGAGCGUCCGGCUGCCGAGCCCCGACUGCCCCGUGCCGAGGCUCGUCAAGGUGCCGGGGAAGUGCUGCGAGGAGUGGCAGUGCGACUCCCCCAACAAACCCACCUUCCUGGGCUCGGCUCUGGCCGCCUACAGAGAGGAGGAGACCUACGGCCCCGAUCCCUCCAUGAUGAGGGAGAACUGCCUGGUCCAGACCACCGAGUGGAGCGCGUGCUCCAAGACCUGCGGCCUCGGCGUCUCCACCAGGGUCACCAACGACAACCGCGAGUGCCGCCUGGAGAAACAGUCCCGGCUGUGCAUGGUCCGACCCUGCGAGUCGCAGCUGGAGCAGAGCAUCAGGAAGGGAAAAAAGUGCAUCCGCACGCCCAGGCUCUCCAAGCCCAUGAAGUUCGAGAUCUCCGGCUGCACCACCACCAAGUCCUACAGGCCGAAGUUCUGCGGCGUCUGCCUGGACGGCCGCUGCUGCACCCCGCACAGGACCGCCACCCUGCCCAUGGAGUUCAAGUGCCCCGACGGGCAGGUGAUGAAGAAGCACAUGAUGUUCAUCAAGUCCUGCGCCUGCCACCACAACUGCCCCGGCGAGAACGACAUCUUCGAGUCCAUGUACUACAAGAAGAUGAUGGGGGACAUGGCGUGAGCCACCGGAGGGCCGGCGACAGCUUGUGACUUGAAGAGAAAAAACGAACAGAACAUCUCAUUUUUUUGCAGCUCAGCAUGUGUGUUUUAUUUUGUCUUUUUGGUUAUUGUAAAAGUAGUCAAGACACUUAUUUAAGUGUCCGUGUUGUUGACUCAGACAGAGGGUUGCGCAGCAGCUCCGAGAGAUUCCUGCACUAUAACUUCUAUUUUUUGACAAACCUACUGUCAGGUGAAAUGCCCUUUUUUCACAGACCCGUCCGUUGUACUGUAUGCAUUUUUUUUUUUUUAAAACCUUAUCUAAACCUCGACGUCCUCCUCAAAGGAGUGUCUAAUACCCCCCCACCCCCCUCCCCCCUCCCAUCCCCCCCCCUCCCCUUCUGGGCCCAGACCAGACCUGGAAACUCUAAGCAGCUGUAGAUGUAGCACGCAGACCACAGCAGGCCAGUGUUCCCCUGUGCAAACAGGUCUGAAUGCGCCCCAGUGUGUGUGAGCUGGUGUGCCAGUGUCUGUUAGCGGGGGCCCUGAAUGCCAGCCUUGUCUCCCCCCCCCCCCCCUUCCUCUUACACCUCCCCCCCCGCUGACGGAGUAGAGGAAAGGUCAGAGUUUCCGAGCGGCGUGCGGGGCGGGUUGGGGGGGGUGGGGGGGAGCAGAAGUUUAAGGUUAGAGACGCACCACAGUGGGCUUUGCCACGGCACUGAGAAAAAAAAAGAAGAAAAAAAAAGAGAAUAGAAAAGAAAGCAGAAAAUAACGACGUGUUGACUUUUACUGAUUCAGGUCAGAAGGACGAAAACCGAGUGGUUUGGGAAGUGUCUGUUUUGUUAAGGAAAAAAAAAAAAGA